AUGCCGGCGGGUGACGGCACCGGCUUUGGCCUAAUGACAGAGAGGCUUAAUGAUGAGUUCGUGAUCGAUGGCGGAAGAGACGCAAGUGAAAAGCCGGCGGAGGAGGUGGUGGUGGCUGCGGAGGUGAAUAAGGAAGUGGAGGAACCGGUGAAGGUGACGGAGGUGGAGUCGGCGUUAGGGAAGGAGAAGGGAGAGGAGGCGCUGAAGACGGUGGCGGAUGAGGAGGCUGCUGGGGAUGCUGUGGCGGCGGCCAUCGAGGCAGUCAGGUCGUUUAAGGAGGAGAGUAACAUCGUUGCUGACCUCCAAGAUCCGGAGAAGAAGGCGCUGGAUGAACUCAAGCAGCUUGUUCAAGCUGCUCUCGCUGCGAACGAGUUCGUUCCUCCUCCCCCGCCGCCCCCACCUCCUGCUGCCGCUCCUGCUGAGGAGCCGGCGAAGACGGAGGAGCCUGAGAAACUGGAAGAGCCGGCGAAGACGGAGGAGCCUGAGAAACUGGAAGAGGCUGUGAAGACGGAAGAGCCUGAGAAGCCCGAAGAGGCGGUGAAGACGGAGGAUCAGUCGCCGGUAGAGCCCUUGAAAACGGAAGAGCCGGCAGCUCCGGUGGCGGAGGAGAAGGUGAUAGUAGUGGAGGAGGAGAAGACUGUGGAAGCCAUCGUGGAAACGAUCGUCACUCCCAGCGCCCAGACAGAUGAGGUGGCUCCAGUGUCUGAUCCAGUCCCAGAAGCAGCCGCCUCCGCCGCGGCGGAGGACCCAGCGCCGCCGCCUGAGGACGUGUUCAUCUGGGGUGUUCCUCUGCUCGGCGACGAGAAGAGUGACACCAUCCUGCUGAAAUUCCUCCGCGCCCGUGACUUCAAGACGAAGGACGCCCUCACCAUGAUUAAGAACACCGUGAUCUGGCGCAAAAACUCUGAGAUCGAAGCUCUCUUAGAGGAAGACCUAGGGUUCCCAGAGAUGGAGAAAGUGGUGUUCAUGCAUGGCCAAGACAAAGAGGGUCAUCCUGUUUGUUAUAAUGUCUAUGGUGAAUUUCAGGAGAAGGAUUUGUAUAGCAAGGCCUUUGGUGAUGAAGAGAAGAGACGGAAGUUCCUCAGGUGGAGGAUCCAGUUCUUGGAGAAGGGAAUCCGGCAGCAUCUGGACUUCAGCCCCGGUGGAGUCUGCACCAUGGUGCAGGUCACUGACUUGAAGAACUCUCCUGGCCCUGGAAAGCGAGAGCUCCGACAAGCUACCAACCAGGCCCUCGCUUUGUUGCAGGACAAUUAUCCUGAGUUUGUGGCCAAGCAGGUAUUUAUCAAUGUUCCAUGGUGGUAUCUUGCAUUCAAUAGGAUGAUCAGCCCCUUCCUGACACAAAGGACCAAGAGCAAGUUUGUCUUUGCUGGGCCAUCCAAAUCAUCUGAAACCUUGUUCAAAUACGUAGCCCCUGAGCAAGUACCGGUUCAAUACGGAGGCUUGAGCAAGGAGAAUGACCCAGAUUUCACCACUGCUGAUGCUGUUACUGAGGUGAUCAUCAAGCCUUCAGCCAAGCAUCCUAUCGAAAUCCCUGUCACUGAGUCCUGCAACCUUGUUUGGGAGCUCCGUGUCUUAGGGUGGGACGUCACCUAUGGCGCAGAGUUUGUCCCCGGUGCUGAGGAUGGAUACACUGUGAUUGUUCAAAAGGCGAGGAAGUUGAUUGCAACUGAUGAACCUGUGGUGAAGAACAGCUUUAAAACUGGAGACACAGGCAAGAUCGUCCUCACCAUAGACAACACCACCUCCAAGAAGAAGAAGCUCCUCUACAGAUACAAAAUUAAGACCUCCACUGAAUCCAUUUUAAGAGUUCCUCUCAAAAACAUCAAGCUGAAUCUUAAAAGAAGAGAAACAAGGAAAUGCUCCUCAUGAUCCUCAACCGCUUCAAGAAAUAGUUAAUAGUUAAUUUUGUUGUUCCUUUUCUCACUCCAUUUGGUCUUUGUUCCUUUUAUGGGUUAAAAUUAUUUUGUUUGAUUAAAGUGAGUUGAUGGUGUUGGUUUGUGAAAGAGAGACAUGUGGUUUUUGAGGGUGAUAGGAUGGAGAAGAGGAGCUCUGCUCCUUGUUAUUACCCUGUAAAUUAUAUGUGUACAUUUUAUUUAUCUUUUGUGGAGGUUCUUUCUUCAUACAAA